CACAGACGUACCUUUACUGUAAAGAAAAUUUUCUCUCGUUAAUUAAUUACCAACUUACUCACUUUAUAUAUAAUUAUAUCUCCUCCCUCUCUCUCUCUCUCUCGUGAAACCUUACCUCUCUGCAUUUCCUUCCAUGGCUUCCUUGGCCGUUCAAUAAAGCAAAAGCCUUUAAAGAUAUUAUUAGCUUUUGCAGGUUCUGAGAAUGGGUUGGCUGAUUAAGCUUUUGGGUUUCUGCAUAUGGGUGUUCUUCGUGACCUUCAGAAUCAACACUGUCAAUACACUGAACGAAGAAAGAGGACAUGAAGCUUCACAAGGCAUGGUUUUUAUCAAUGGGAAAUCUUCAAUCGGUAAUAUCGAUGAGGAUUUUGUCUGUGCCACUCUGGAUUGGUGGCCUCCUGAGAAAUGUGAUUAUGGAAGAUGUAGUUGGGAUCAUGCUUCUCUGCUUAAUCUGGACCUUAAUAACAGCAUUUUCUUAAAUGCCGUAAGAGCAUUUUCGCCGUUGAAAAUAAGAUUAGGAGGCACUUUGCAAGACAAGGUCAUAUAUGAUACUCCAGAUAAUCGACGACCUUGUACUCAUUUUGUUAGAAACACUUCUGAGAUGUUUGGUUUCACUCAAGGGUGCCUUCCAAUGCCCAGAUGGGAUGAGUUGAACAGCUUCUUCAAGAAAUCUGGGGCUAAGAUUAUAUUUGGAUUGAAUGCUCUACAAGGAAAGUCAUUAAAAUCUAAUCCUGCCAAAGGACCUUGGAAUUACACAAAUGCUGAAUCCUUUAUCCGUUACACUGUCAGCAAGAACUACACCAUUCAUGGCUGGGAGCUUGGCAAUGAACUGAGUGGGAAUGGAGUAGGGAUAGGCAUUGAUGCAGAUCAAUAUGCAUCUGACACAGCCUCUUUAAGAGACAUAGUUCAAAGGGCUUACAAAGAUAUUGAGCCUAAGCCACUGGUCAUUGCACCUGGAGGUUUCUUUGAUGCACAUUGGUUCAAAGAAUUUAUUUCCAAAUCAGGCAAAUCUCUGGAUGUUGUCACCCACCACAUUUAUAACCUUGGUCCAGGUGUUGAUGAUCACCUUAUAGAGAAGAUUCUGAAUCCUUCAUAUCUUGAUGGAGAGGCUAAGACCUUCAGCGGCCUCAAAGAUGUACUGAGUAGCUCUGAAACCUCUGCUACUGCAUGGGUUGGGGAAGCAGGAGGAGCUUACAAUAGUGGCCAUCAUCUUGUGUCUGAUUCAUUUGUGUACAGUUUCUGGUAUUUGGAUCAGAUGGGCAUGUCAGCUUCUUACAACACUAAAACAUACUGCAGACAGAGUUUGAUUGGAGGGAAUUAUGGUUUACUCAAUACUUCUAACUUCAUUCCCAAUCCAGAUUACUAUAGUGCUCUGCUAUGGCACCGACUCAUGGGAAGACGAGUACUGUCAACUAGCUUCUUGGGGACUAAGUUUGUAAGAGCUUAUGCCCACUGUGCAAAGCAAUCUAAAGGGAUCACAAUACUGCUAAUGAACCUGAACAGCACUGCAGUUGAAGCUGAAGUGGGCUUGAACAAGACAGUGAGUUUAUGGCACAGAAAGAGUAGUCAAGUUCAAGUUGAAAGAUCAAGAUUCAUUAAGGUGCAUCACAAUAAACAAAAUGGAGCAGCAAGAGAAGAGUACCAUCUGACAGCACAAGAUGGGAAUAUACAGAGCCAAAGCUUGGUGCUAAAUGGCAACAUUCUAAGUAUAAAUGAAGAUGGGGCCAUUCCUGGUUUGAACCCUCUUUAUGUAAACACUUCAACACCAAUAAGGGUUGCUCCUUUCUCCAUUGUAUUUGCCCAUUUACCAUAUCUUAUUCUUCCUGCUUGCAACUAACUUGCUUUCUGUAGGGAAACCAAGAAUUUGGUUCCUCUUGCAUUGCCCAUUGAUUCAAAUUUCGAGAUAGAAACGAAUGGAAAAUAACUUGUUUUUCAUUUUUCUUGGAGAAGAGUAGAGGGUUUAGUUUUUUUUUUUAAUUUUUAAAAAAUAUUCUACUUUUGAGUGAACUGUAGGGACUACCCUAUGGAUUUUUUUUUUUUU